CGUGUCAAAUAUGUCAAGAAAGGAAAAUUUAUGCCAUUAACAAUUGCUUUUGUCAAAAAGGAAAGUGCGUGAUUACGUCCUUCAAUCCCCACUAAAUCACAUCGGAGCGUCUCCGUUUGGUAUCCAACGAUCAGAGUUCAACGAUCCCCAACGUCUAGUUCUUCUAACGGUCAAAAAACCUGCAGGACAAAAACCCCUCGCUCCGCCCAUUCCCAUUCCCAAGAAUCCACAAGAAAUCAAAGAAAAAGCUCUCCAAAAUCUCUCGUCUCCUUUUUCUUCCCCCCCUCAAAGAUCUUCUCUCCCAAUCCACGAGAAGAUGAGUCUCCUCCAUUUCCCAGAUGCCGUCAACUCCAAAAGCCUCCAGAUUUGGAACAACGCCGUCUUUGACGAUGCCGCCGGUGGCUCCGAUGUGGCCGCAGCAAAGCUGGCAUUGUCUGCUCUCCAACCCAUCUCCAGCAACCAAUCGGAGUCACUCGACUUCGAUCCGUGCAAGGAGAACCGCAGUCCCACUCCGGUCUACGACAAAACCCCGAUCUCCAAGAAAUCUUCGACAGCUCUCAAGCCAGCUAUUUCUGGCAAAUCAUCCAAAGUAUCCUUCAAGGAGGAUGCCCAGAUCAACGACGAAAGUAUCGACGACGAGAUCGAGGAGAUCGAGAAGGAAAUCAGGCGGCUGUCAUCGAGGCUCGAAGCGCUACGAGUCAAGAAGGCGGAGGGGGAUUCGAGGGUUGCGGCCGCCAGACGGCAUGGGCGGAUCGUUCCAGCUAAAUUCAUGGACGCGAAGCAGAGCACGAUGAAGAUUCUUGAGAUGCCUGCUUCGAAAAAGAUGGAGCAAUCUCCGUCGAGCGCGAAGCUUCGGCAGAGGUGUGGUAGUCUUGGACCGCUGGAAAUCAUUGCUAGCUCCCCAAAAGUCCUGGAUUUGAAGCAAAGCUCGACGAAGAAUCUUGGGUCAUCAUCGGCUCUUAAGAAGAUCGAAGAAUCUCCAGCAAGCGCAAGACUCCAACGGAGAGGAGUCAGCCUCGGGCCACUUGAAAUCCAUGAGAGCAUCAGGUCUCGGCAAUCGAAGGCACUUGAGGGUACUACUCUGAGAUCAGUGCAGAUUCACAAGAAACAAGGCUUUUGGAAGCUUGACGGCAUUCAAGAAGAGAAGGGGAAAACAAGGAGGUCCAGUCCUAAAUCUCGACCAUCAAUUGCUGCUAAAGCCUCCGUACCAAGGAAGGGCGCUACGACAACCGCUGCAACAAAGAAGGUUGCAGAGUCUCCAACAAAUGCCAGGCUCCAGCGAAGGGGUGUCAGUCUUGGGCCCUCAGAGAUAGCCAUGAGUGCUCGAUCUCGUCAGAUAAGAAAGAUUCAAGAAGUCAAAGAGAAAGGGAUGAAGGCAGAGAAGCGAGGACGAAGUUUGAGCACAAGUCCUAGAUCACGGCGAUCAUCUGCUGCUGCUAAAGUCUCUGAUCUAAGGAAAGGGAUUGCAACUGUUGGAGCAAAGAAACCGGUGAAAAAAGAGGAAGGAUCACUGACUAGCCUUAAACCUAAGGUUCUUUUCCAUGAAGGAAAGAAUACGGUCCCUGCGAAAAGGCCAUCGAAGAAUACCAGAGCAAGAGUUGUGGCGAGCCGUUAUAGUCUGGCCACCACACGGGUUGCAGGAGAUGAGCCAGAAAGCAGUCUGCGGAAAUGGUCAUUGCCAGAGUUAGGCAUGGAUGAGACCAAUGGAUCCAUUCAAGGAUCGCAUGGGUCUGCGCAUGAGAGCCAAGAGGAGUUGGAUGUUCAAAUGAAGAAAGAGGGGGAGAUGUCAAGCAAGGUGGAGGGAAAUGUAGAUCGCUUGUUAUCUGUUGAUGAGAAUUCUCCUCCGUCGAUCAUGAAGAUUGCCGAAUCACUUCCUAAGAUCAAAACAUUGCGAUGCAUCAAUGAGAGCCCCCGUGACUCUGGGUGUGCCAAGAGAGUUGCUGAAUUAGUUGGAAAAAGGCCGGUCUUUGGUAAGGCAGAUGAUGAGGAUGUUGCUUCCCCUUGCCAGUCCCUGACAUUUGAAGGGGAAGAGUAGUGCAUUAGCAUUGAUCCAGUCCUCUUCUUGUGUCGGCAUGGGCAUAGUUUUGAAAUUGUUCGUGUGUCAAUUUUUUUUUAAGCUUCCUUUUGCUGCAGCGAGGCUUGAUUUUUCGAUGUUUUGCUUUGCAGUGGACAAUAACUUGUAAUUUUUGAUCUGCUUGCUCCUGAAGUGGUAAGCUGUUCUUUAGCUUACAGUAUAGCAUAUUUGGUUGUUGGUUUUUGAAACAUGGGCAAGCUUUGCUGAACCCUUCUUCUGCUUCCAAUGAUUAAAGCUGGAUAUAGUAGCUAUAUUAAGAAAUGCUGUGUAACAAUAUGUAACCAGUGCCUUCUCUAUGGAAAGAAAAUAGUGAUGAUUUUCAUGUUGAAAA